AUGGUGCAGCUGGCCUCCGUGUAUCACGACAGUCUGACUCGCCUGGUUUUACCCCUCUGCUCUAUGAUGACCGACCGGCCGAAUCCCUUGGCACCAAUCACUAGCUCCAUAUAUCUUGUGGACGCAUCAGGCCUAGGCCUGAAGCAGGGAUGGAACUUACGAUGCUUCGCCCAAAACAUUAGUUGGUUGCUAUCAACGUGUUACCCCGAGACCAUCCACCGUGUAUGUAAUGCUCCGUCGUUUUUUUCCACGAUCUGGAAAUACCUGAAAGCAUGGAUCGACCCAAAUACGGCAGAAAAGAUCUUAGUGCUUAGUAGCACAGAGGUGUUGCCCACCCUUGAAGACUGCAUUGAUAAGGAGAACAUCCCAACUGUAUUUGGCGGUGGAUUUUCUUUCACACAUGGGAUGCUACCAGAGCUCGAUGAUAAUAUCUGGCGGCGUUUCAGCUGGAAGCUCCCAAAUCGCUCCCUGCCUCCGGGGCCUAUUAAGUGGACCCAAGAUCUAGAUGGCCGGACGACUGCUGUUGCUGUUGGUUGCGAAUUGGGGGCUAAGAGGAAUGAAAAGAUUGCGACCUUGGAUCCUGUUGUCAAAUGA